GGUCACAGUGGUUGCAAUCGGACAUUUCCUCUGAAAAAACGCUGCUAGAAGAGCCUUCUUACAGAAAUCGAGUCAGUCAUGCGGUCCUGCAGUUCUAUUCUCUGUAUCCUGAUCCUACUGUUCAGUACAUUCACUCCAGGUCAGUCAUGCGGUCCUGCAGUUCUAGUCUCUCUGUCCUGAUCCUACUGUUCAGUACAUUCACUCCAGUGUCCCAUCCAGAUGUUUCUCCACUGAAGGUGAAUCUUCUUGACGCUGCUACUCUGUCCUGCUCUGGGAGAUGUCCUGGUUUGGUCAGAUGGACUGUGUUCCAUAAACCCAUGGACACUCUGGCUGAGUGUGAUCAGACCUCAUGUAGAUCAGUGAAGGAGGGAUAUCAGAUGAUCCAUGAUCAGUACCUGAAGGGGAAUUUCUCUCUCACCAUCACUGGCGUUGAUUUCAGUAAGAGAGGCUGGUACACGUGUGACUGUGAUGGUAAAGAUCUCUGUGAUGCACGUCUACAGAUUCAGCCCUUGAACACUCCAGUUCAGAUAAAACCCACCGAAUCAUUGAUACUGAAGUUAGACAUAUCAGAUCCAGUGGAGGUGAUUUAUAACAGCACCGUUGCAGCCAAUCGAUCCAGCGGUCAGAUCUGUACAGUGGAUGGACAAUCACUACAGUGUACAUCUGAGUACUCACAACGAGUGUCAGCAGCUCUUGAGCUGAGAGGAAUGAAGCCAUCUGAUAGUGGAGUUUAUUCCAUAAAGGACAAAAGGAACGAUGAAAUUAUCCACGCCUACACUGUGACCGUCCAAGAUGACCCAUCAGAUCUGGACGGAUGUAAAGGAGCUGUUGUACCAGUGUGGAUUUUUGUGCUGGUGGUAAUUUUACUUGUAUCUGUGAUUGUGGUACUGGCUGUGGUGAUUCGGCAGAGCCUUAGUGUAAAUAGGACAGAGGGAGAGCUGUGAGUGUGGAGGGAAUGUGAGUCACGAGAGUGACGGCGGGAGGAAGAGGCGGAGAACGAGGACGCUGGGGAUAAGGGCCUGAAGAAGGCGCCCUGCUCGGCAUCCCAGUCCAGGUAUCUCACAGUUCGCAGGGUGGAAUGGCGAUAACACAGGAAACGCCAUGGAGACAACCUUGAUCGGGCCUUCGUUGAGAGCCAGAGUAGGAUAUUGGGUUCCAAUCCUUUCUGCACCAUAGCAGUCUGCAGCAAGUAGUCCAAGAGUAUUUAACACCACCUCUCCCUGAGCCUCAUGGCACUGUGCAACAUCCAAGGACUACAGGCCAGUGGCGGAACCACCUGCAGCUCAAUGUGACAAAGACAAAGGAACUGGUGGUGGACCUGAGGAGGGACAAGGCAU